UCCGUCGUCCGUCGUACGUCUCCCCCGCCCGCGGCCGUGCGCGGUGCGCCCAGCAGCGGGGAUGUGCGCCGCGGGCGAGCGCUGCGAGCUGUGCGGCGCGGGGGCGGACGUGCACUGCCGGGCCGACGCGGCGUUCCUCUGCUGGCCGUGCGACGCCGAGGUGCACGGCGCCAACACCCUCGCGUCCCGCCACCGCCGCACGCGCGUCUCGCAGUCCAGGGGCGUCGUUCGCGUGCGCUGCGAGGUGGCGCUCGAGGGCUGGGCCCGGCGGAUGGGCCUCGAGGAGGGGGCGGCGCACCGGUGUGCCGAGGCGGCCGCGCGCGUGAUCCGGACCGAGGUCGCCGUGGCGGCGCCGCGCAUGCCGCUGCUCGUCGCGAUGGCGGCCGCGCUGUGGUGGGAGGUGGCGGCUCACGGCGUCCACGAGCCUGAGGACGCGCUCCAGCGCUUGGAGGCCAGUGCGCACGUGCCGGCAAGGCUGCUUGUGGCGGUGGCAGCGGCGAUCGGGCGCGCGCGCGCCAGGAAGAGGACGGCCGCAGUGAACGCCUAGGAGGGGCCAGGUCGAAUGCCCGUGUACCCAGCAAUGACGGGCCUGCGGCCUUUUAGAUAUAUGGGUAAUUAAAAAAUAUCAUCAUGAAAAAUAAUCGACAAGUCAUGUAUCUUAUGAGCGUAUGAGCAUGAGCUAACUUCCUUGAUAGUAAUUUCUCAUAAGAAAACUCCUUGAUAGUAUCAAUGUACUCCUUUCGUUUUUUUAGU